GUGUCUCUCCCCCCACCAUCUUCUCGCCCUCGACUCCUCGUCGAUCUCCUCGCCUUCAAUUCGUCGCGAGUUCGCUCGGCGGCGGCGGCGGCCGCCUCGCCGUGUCUCGAUCUCCGGCGGGCGCACCCUGAACAGCUCGUGAGAAUCCAUCGGCAGCAGCAAUGGCGCUAGUGCAGGUGGGUAUGGGGUUGGGCCGCGUCGUCCUCCUCGUCGGCGCCGGCAUGGCCGGCUCGGUCGUCAUCCGCGACGGCCGCUUCGCCGACUUCGUCGCGGGGCUCCAGGAGGCUCUGCGCGACAACGACGGCGGCGGAAGCGGCAGCGGCGGCGGCGUCAUCGAUCAAAUCGAAGAAGCCGUCAAGAAGGCGACUAUGGAGGUUAAUCAGAUGAUAAGUCAACCAGUUACUGUCAUUACUGUAGAUCCUGCAGGUAAUAAUGGAGUUGUGACAACGUUGAUAGCACCUGCUGCAGCUGCUGGGGCGUUGACCUAUGGUUACAUGCGCUGGAAAGGCAUAUCUAUUGCUAGUCUGAUGUAUGUCACCAAGCAAAAUAUGGCUAAUGCUGUUGCAAGCAUGACCAAGCAUUUGGAACAAGUGCAGAGCUCUCUUGCAGCUGCUAAAAGGCACUUAACCCAGCGCAUUCAACAUUUGGAUGAUAAGUUGGAUCAGCAGAAACAGAUUUCCGGGCAAAUAAAAGAGGAGGUUACUGGUGCACGAUUGAAACUCCAGGAUAUUGGUUCCGAAAUGCAAAAGAUCAAACAAGUGGCUCAUGGCCUGGGUGGAAAGUUGGAUUCAAUUGAAGCAAAACAGAACUAUUCAUUGGCCGGUGUGAUGUACCUCGUCGAAUUCAUAGAGCAAAACGGUGGGAGGUUGCCUCGUAGCGUGGAACACUUGCAACGAACUGCCAGGCUCUCUGGAAUUACUGGAGACCAAAAGCAGCUGCAGGGGCUCGGUCAGUUGCUGGCGAUCGAGUCGGCGACUCCUGUAGGAAGUGGACUUCACUGUACCUCGGCACGGUUAUUCAAGGCAGUGGCAUGAUGGUCUCUCCUGUAAAUCGACGGGUCUAGAAUUUUGUAUAGGAGUUUAGGAGCUAACAUGCGUAGUGCCACUAUAGUUCGCUGAAUAUAUCGUGCACGUAGGAGUGAGUUAGGACUAGGGAGGAUAUGUGUAUUUUUUUUUCUCCCUUAAUUUUAUCUUUUUUGAGUCUUUUGAGUGUAAGACGAUGUGCUAUGUUACUAUAGUUUGGUUGAGUGUCAUCUGUUGAAUGCGAA